GCUUUCAUGUCGCUGCUCUAAAACCCUUCUAAAGCCUCUUCUUCAGAAACUCGAAAGCCAAACACAGAAAUAGAACUGCAACUUUUAGCAUUUUCUUCCUUGGCAACUGAAUGUUUCUGUUGCCGUGAAAUUUCACAGAACGAAAUAAUGGCCGCGCAUUCGAAGAAAUUUCAGAAGAAUAAGAAGUCCGGUGACGGCCCGAAGUUUAACAAAUCAUCAAAAAAGCCGUUCAAAGCGAAGAAGAAGGAGGGAGAAAACGACGCCGUUAGGUCGGAGGCUGUGGCUUUGCAGCUCGAAGACGAUGUUCCUGAUUUUCCUAGAGGAGGAGGAAGUUAUCUGAGUCAGAAAGAACGCGAUGAAAUUCGUGCUGAAGUGGAUGCGGAGUUUGAGGCUGAAGAGCGGGAUUUGAAGCACACGAAGGAGAAGAAGAAGAAGAAGAGGAAGAAUUUGGAGAUGAAGAGUCGUGAGGCGGAGGAUGAUUUUGGUUCGCUUUUCGGUGCCGGUAUUACUGGAAAGUUGCCUAGAUUUGCAAAUAAGAUCACUUUGAAGAAUAUUUCUCCUGGAAUGAAGCUCUGGGGAGUCAUUGCUGAAGUAAAUGAGAAGGACCUAGUAAUUAGUUUGCCAGGUGGCUUACGUGGAUUAGUUCGUGCCACUGAUGCUUUGGAUAAUGAAGUUGAGGCCAUUGUAGAUAUCCUGCCUAGAGUAUUUCAUGUUGGGCAGCUUGUAUCUUGCAUUGUGCUUCAGUUGGAUAAUGACAACAAAGAGAAAGGGAAACGGAAAAUCUGGCUUUCUUUGCGUCUCUCUUUGUUGCACAAGGGCUUUACCUUGGAUUCUGUUCAAGAAGGAAUGGUCCUUACGGGAUAUGUUAAAAGCAUUGAAGAUCAUGGUUACAUUCUUCAUUUUGGUCUUUCUUCUUUCAUGGGGUUCUUGCCUAGCAAUAGCCAAGCUGGUGUAAUGGAGGAGAAUGAAGUGACCACCGGACAACUUCUACAAGGGGUUGUUAGAAAUAUUGAUAAAAUCCGUAAAGUUGUCUAUUUGAGUUCUGACCCAGAUACACUGUCAAAAUGUGUGACCAAGGAUGUUAAAGGCAUUUCAAUUGAUCUUCUUGUCCCAGGCAUGAUGGUUAAUGCUCGUGUAUUGUCGACUCUUGAAAAUGGGGUCAUGUUGUCAUUUCUUACAUACUUCACUGGAACUGUUGAUAUACUUCAUUUGCAAAAUAGUUUUCCUACUACUAGCUGGAAGGAUGAUUACAAUCAAAAUAAGAAGGUUAAUGCUCGCAUUCUAUUCAUUGAUCCUUCAACUAGAGCUGUUGGGUUGACCUUGAAUCCUCAUCUUGUUCAUUACAAAGCUCCUCCUUUGCAUGUUAAAAUUGGAGAUAUAUAUGAAGACUCAAAAGUAGUGAGGGUUGAUAAAGGAUUGGGCCUUCUUCUUGAAAUACCAUCCAUGCCGGUGUCUACACCGGCAUAUGUUAGUAUAUCUGAUGUGGCUGAAGAAGAAGUUCGGAAGCUUGAAAAGAAGUUUAAGGAAGGUAGUGAAGUUCGUGUUCGGAUUCUUGGGUUUAGGCACUUGGAAGGGCUGGCGACUGGGAUUUUGAAGGCUAGUGCUUUUGAAGGGCCAGUAUUCAUUCACUCAGAUGUCAAGCCUGGGAUGGUUGUUAGGGCUAAAAUAAUAGCUGUUGACAGCUUUGGUGCAAUAGUGCAAUUUCCUGGUGGUGUGAAGGCACUUUGCCCUCUUCGCCAUAUGUCUGAAUUUGAAAUUGCAAAACCUAGAAAAAAAUUUAAGAUUGGAGCUGAAUUAUUGUUCCGUGUACUUGGUUGCAAGUCCAAGAGAAUAACUGUCACACAUAAGAAGACACUUGUGAAAUCAAAACUUGGCAUUAUAUGCUCAUAUGCUGAUGCUGCUGAGGGUUUAGUAACACAUGGAUGGAUAACAAAGAUUGAAAAACACGGUUGCUUUGUCCGGUUCUACAAUGGUGUUCAAGGAUUUGCUCCGAGAUCUGAACUCGGAUUAGAACCAGGAAGUGAUCCAAGUGCAAUGUAUCAUGUUGGACAAGUUGUUAAAUGUAGGAUAGUUAGCUCUGUACCUGCAUCAAGGCGCAUCAACCUAAGUUUCACAAUAACGCCUCCAAGGGUUUCUGAGAGUGAUGUGCUCAAGUUGGGUAGUCUUGUUUCAGGAGUUGUUGACCGAGUGACCCCAGAUGCUGUAAUAGUUUAUGUUAAUGCAAAGGGUUACUCAAAGGGUACAAUUUCUACUGAACAUUUGGCAGAUCACCAUGGGCUUGCGGCUUUGAUGAAAUCAGUGCUGAAGCCUGGAUAUGAAUUUGAUCGGUUGCUUCUCCUAGAAAUUGAGGGCAACCAUUUGAUACUCUCUGCAAAAUAUUCUCUGAUCAAUUCAGCUCAACAUCUUCCAUCGGAGCUCAGUCAGAUCCGCCUUAACUCAGUUGUCCAUGGCUACAUUUGUAACAUAAUUCAAACUGGCUGCUUUGUUCGAUUUCUUGGGCGGUUGACUGGUUUCUCUCCCAAAAACAAGACACUGGAUGACUACAAAGCUGAUCUGCCAGAAGCCUUUUAUGUUGGACAAUCUGUUCGCAGCAAUAUAGUAGAUGUCAGCAGUGAAACAAGUAGAAUUACUCUCUCAUUGAGACAAUCAUCUUGCUCAUCAACAGACGCAUCUUUUAUUCAAGAUUACUUUAUUUUGGAGGAAAAGAUUGCCAAGCUGCAAUCGGUAGAUUCUGAUGAAUCUGAGUCAAAUUGGGCUGAAGGUUUUAAUAUUGGCAGUGUUGUUGAUGGAAAAAUCCAAGAAGUAAAGGAUAUUGGAGUUGUUGUGAGCUUUGAGAAGUACAAUCAUGUCUUGGGUUUUAUUACACACUACCAAUUGGCUGGUACCAGUGUAGAAACAGGCUCCACUGUUCGAGCUGUGGUUCUUGAUGUUGCCAAAGCAGAAAACCUUGUUGACUUAUCUUUAAAACAAGAGUUCACUAAUAAACUCGAAGAUGAAAGUUUUAAAAGCCAAACACAUAAAAAGAAACGUAAAAGAGAAGCUUCCAAGGAAUUGGAGGUGCAUCAGACGGUAAAUGCGAUUGUUGAAGUUGUAAAGGAGAAUUAUCUGGUGCUUUCAGUGCCAGAGUAUAACUAUGCUUUAGGAUAUGCAUCAGUAUCCGACUACAACACGCAGAAGCUUAAGCAAAAACAAUUUCUAAAUGGACAAAGUGUCAUUGCCACUGUUAUGGCUCUUCCAAGCCCUGCUACAUCUGGGAGGUUGCUUUUGCUUCUUAAAUCAGUAAGUGAGACUGAAACAUCCAGUUCAAAAAGGGAAAAAAGGAAGUCAAGCUAUAAAGUGGGUUCUUUGGUUCAAGCAGAGAUAACUGAAAUCAGGCCUCUUGAACUAAGGUUGAAAUUUGGAAUUGGUUUCCAUGGACGGGUUCAUAUAACAGAGGUAAAUGAUGUUAAUGUUUUGGAAAAUCCAUUUAGUAAAUACAGAAUUGGACAAACAGUAACAGCAAGGAUUGUUGCAAAGACUAAUUAUUCGGAUAAUAAGAAGAAAAGCUUCCAAUGGAAUCUGUCCCUCAAGCCGUCUAUGCUUGCAGGAGACAGUCUUACAACUGAAGAUCAUGAUUUCUCAAUUGGACAAUGUGUUACUGGUUAUGUCUAUAAAAUUGAUAGUGACUGGGUCUGGUUAACUAUAUCUCCAAAUGUGAGGGCUCAGCUCUUUAUUCUUGACAGUUCAUGCGAGCCUAGUGAACUCUGUGAAUUCCAAAAGCACUUUCAUGUGGGGAAAGCUGUAUCUGGUCAUGUUUUAAGUGCUAACAAGGAUAAAAAGCUGUUGCGGCUUGUUCUUCAUCCUUUAUUUGCUGUCUCUGAUAAAGUUUUAGAUGGUGAAGUUUCGAAGGACAAUCCAAAUAUGAAUAUUAAGUAUGAGAAUCUCGCUGCUCAUAUUCGUGAAGGAUGCUAUGUGGGUGGGAGAGUAUCCAAAAUACUUCCAGGUGUUGGUGGACUAAUUGUGCAAAUUGGUCCUAGCAUGUAUGGUAGGGUUCAUUUUACUGAACUUACUGAUCCAUGGAUGUCUGACCCACUGUCUGGAUAUCAUGAAUGGCAAUUUGUCAAAUGCAAGGUCCUUGAAAUUAGCCGCUCUGCAGGGGGAACUCUUCAAGUUGAUUUGUCGUUACAUUCAUUUUCUUAUGAUUCUAAGGAAUCAUGUAAAGAUGUGCCCAUCAAAUGUGUACAAAAGUUUGAGGAUCUUCAUCCUGAUAUGCUGGUGCAGGGUUAUGUUAAAAAUGUUACCUCGAAAGGGUGCUUUAUUCUUCUAUCCCGGAAGCUUGAUGCCAAAAUUCUUGUUUCAAAUUUAUCUGAUGGAUAUGUUGAUGAUCCUGUUAAAGAAUUUCCUAUUGGUAAACUGGUAACUGGAAGGGUUUUAUCUGUCGAGCCUUUGUCAAAGAGGGUUGAAGUAACCUUAAAGACGAAGAAAGCAACCAGUGCACCAAAAUCUGAAAUUGACAAUUUGAGUAGUCUGCAUGUUGGAGAUGUUAUUUCGGGCAGGAUUAAGCGGGUGGAGUCAUAUGGAUUGUUUAUCACUAUCAACAACAUGGACCUGGUUGGACUAUGUCAUAUCUCGGAGCUUUCAGAUGAUCAUAUUGACAACAUUGAAACUAAAUACAGAGCAGGAGAAAGAGUGGCAGCAAAAAUAUUAAAGGUGGAUACAGAAAGAUGUCGAAUUUCUCUUGGAAUGAAGGAUUUAUAUGUUUUGGAUGGUGAUGACGUUGAAGAAACCUCAACACAAGAGUUGGAUGAAGCCACUAGAGUUGAUGAUUUCAAUUAUGACACAAAGUCAAUAUCAUUGCCUGAUGUAAGCUUCCUAGGGAUCCAAAACAUGGAAGAUGAAUGUGAAAAUGAAGAGUUGCCAAAUCUUGCACAAGCACAAUCAAGGGCAUCUGUUCCUCCACUUCAAGUCACUCUUGAUGACAUAGAUCAACCUGAUAUUGGUAAUGUAGUUGGUGGGAAUCAAGAGCAUAUUGAUAUAGCAGACACUUUAGAUGAAAACAGAAAGAGACGAGCAAAGAAAAAAGCUAGGGAAGAGAGGGAGAAAGAGAUAAGAGCUGCUGAGGAAAGACUAUUGGAGAAAGAUAUACCAAGAACGCCUGAGGAAUUUGAGAAAUUAGUUAGAAGCUCUCCGAAUAGCAGUUUUGUAUGGAUAAAGUACAUGGCUUUUCUGCUCUCUGUGGCUGAUGUUGAGAAAGCCCGCUCUGUUGCUGAAAGGGCUUUGCAAACAAUAAACUUUCGAGAAGAGAAUGAGAAGCUUAAUAUUUGGGUGGCUUAUUUGAAUUUGGAAAAUGAAUAUGGAAAUCCUCCUGAGGAGGCUGUAAUGAAAGUAUUUCAAAGAGCAUUGCAGUAUAACGAUCCCAAAAAGGUUCAUCUAGCACUCUUGGGAAUGUAUGAAAGGACGGAGCAACAUAAGUUGGCCGAUGAACUUGCAGAAAAAAUGACUAAAAGAUUCAAGACAUCAUGCAAGGUUCGGUUAAGGCGUUUCAAGAGGCUAUUGGAGCAACAGCAGGAUGGGAUUGAGGCUUAUGUAGAAAAUUCCUUGAGAUCCGGCCUUCUCACACAUAAGCAUAGUAAAUUCAUUUCACAGGCAGCCAUCCUAGAGUUCAAAUGUGGGAUUCCUGAUCGAGGGCGAACCAUGUUUGAAGGAAUUUUAAGACAAUACCCAAAGAGGACAGACUUGUGGAGCGUCUAUCUUGAUCAAGAGAUUCGCCUUGGAGAUGUGGAUGUGAUUCGUUCUCUGUUUGAACGGGCAAUUAGUUUGAGCCUCCCACCUAAAAAGAUGAAAUUCUUGUUCAAAAAGUAUCUGGAAUAUGAGAAGUCUCUUGGUGAUGAAGAGCGGAUUGAGUCUGUGAAACAGAAGGCAAUGGAUUAUGUCGAGACUACACUCGCUUGAUGUCAUCAUCUUCUUCUCACUCAUUGGUGCUUGGUUUACUAUUUGCAUUCUACUGGAGCUCCUUAACAAUAUGCAAAGGUGUAUGAAGACUAUACAAGUAUUUAUAAGCACGCUUUGGACGAGGCCAUCUGGUUUAAUUGACCUCAAGAUGAGGUUAACCCUAGAGAAAAUCAAAGGGUACAAAUGUAAAGAUGCAUUGUGUGAUGGAACGAGUCUGAAAAUUUUCCGUGUUUAAAAUUUAUUCCCCAUUGAGUUAUGAAAGAGUUAAAACCUGAGAUUCUGUUUAUAGAUUAUCUUCACGGCUAGGUAGAACUGCGGUAUUGUAAGGUUACGUUGUGAAAUUGGAGGUUCAAUUAAUUCUACUGAGUUGCUGUGAUCAGUUCAUGAUAAGAAAGGAUUCUGAACAAUUUUGACAACGUUUCAAUU